UUCAAUCGUCUUUCCCGUAGCCUGAAGGCUUGUACAUAUUUAGAACUUGAUCUGCCAGAUGUCGCUCGUCUCCCACAACUUUCCAAACUUCCAUUUAACUUGAACAAAAAAAUUGCAUCUCUCCCGAUCUCUCGUAAUCGUAGCACAGCUGAUCCAUUAAUGUCACAUGCGAUAAUCAGCUAUACAUUGCUGGAUAUGAAAUAACAACUGUGAGGAAACGGUAUAUGCACUUUGGAGUUGUUACUCGUAUGCAGUUAUAAUAAUAAUCAAACCGUUCCUUCUUCUGUAUUAUGUACAUACAAUACAUAGUGAAGUGUUUAAGAGAAAUGUAUCAAUAAAAUUGUUCGUUGAUAUUAGAUGGGUUCGAGAUACGAAAAAUAGCGGAUAUCGACAAAGAAAAGUAUAAACUAUUCGAACCAUAUCCGUUGACUUCUUCUCAUCAUCAGUCCCGAUUAUUGUUCAACUAUAGCCAGCGGUUAUGGUAUAUUUAUCGAGUGUUUGGGGUAUGGGAGAGACUAAAUCGGAGUGUCACAAUACAAAUAGUUCUUCCUCCUUUUUACAAGAAAAUGACGAAGAAGUUGCAUUGUUGCCACUUAAGAAUCAGGUUGGUGGACAUACAAGAUUACUUUUACUCAAUCAAAAUACUAUUUGCAAGCCAUUAAACUGCAAGGAACUUGAUUUUUAUCAAAACAUUCCACAAGAUAUACAAAUUUUUGUUCCAAAAUUUAAAGGGGUACUUCAAGCUUCCAAUAGCGGCGAGAUCACAUUGGAUAAGCGUUACAGUCCUAGCUUCAGAGAACAAGAUAAUAGACAGGGACACGGCUCGACUAAAAGGAAACGGGACGACGUGUUGAGGAUGAAAAUUCAUCGUGAUAACACUUUAACAGGAUUACUGAAACCAGACCCAAAUUUGGACAGUGCAUCGAACAGACAAUAUUUCCUUCUGUUGGAAAAUAUAACAUCUCAAUACACUCAUCCAUGUAUAUUGGAUCUAAAAAUGGGAACCAGACAGCACGGAGACGAUGCAUCUGCCGAAAAACGAAGUAAACAAAUUGCAAAGUGUGCUGCUAGUACAUCAGCCUCUUUGGGCGUUCGGCUGUGUGGAAUGCAGGUGUACCAAGCAGAUAGCAAUCAUUAUGUGAAAAAAGACAAGUAUUGGGGCAGAGAAUUGAACGAAGAAGGUUUCAAAGCAGCGUUGUAUCGCUUUUUUCACAAUGGUUUUUGCUUACGAACAUUAGUUAUCGAAAAAGUGGUGUCUCGGUUAGAACAAUUACGACAUGCCAUCGAAAGGCAAAGCAGCUAUCGAUUUUACUCGUGUUCGUUAUUAGUUGUUUACGAGGGUUGUCAAACGGACGACGAAUCGUCGGGACACGAUCGAUCUUCGACCACGUUACGGAUGGAAGAAGAAUCAAGCGAUUCUAGUUUCAUCGACGAUUGUCCUAAUAGUUCGGAAGCUUGUUACGAUGGUGACACAAGUAAUAGUUCCACAGACUAUAAUGUUUCGAUUCAAGAAGAAAUCAGCCGAACGACUUUGCAAAAGGAACUUGACGGAACAACCGCUAGAGAUGGCAAAAAUAUAACCAAUUUUUAUCCUACAAGCAGCGAGGAGACUGUUUUCGUCGAAUCUACAAACACCUUGAUCGACACAAUGCUCCAAACUCCCAGAUACGAACAAUGGAUGCUUUACGGUAGUGCCAACGAGGAAUAUUGUUUUGGCCAGAGUUCGGAUAAUGCCGAAGACACCAGCUCCGACACAGAACUUGUACCAGAUUGCGGAGCUAAACGACAAAGGCACGAGCACCGUUUGUUCCGCCUUUACGACAAAAAGCAGGAAGAGAUUGAAUAUACCAGUGUGUCGAACAGGUAUACGCCUUAUUCUUAUCGGACGAAGAUGAAAGAAAAACCUCAAGAGGCUCGUGUCGACGUAAGAAUGAUCGAUUUUGCGCACACAACGUUUAUUCAUGGUUCGACCGUUGCGUGUAAUUCAAAUUCUCUGGUUCAUCAAGGACCGGAUUGUGGUUUUUUAACCGGUCUCGACAGCCUAAGGCGUCUUCUUCUGGAAAUUUUAACCGAAGGAAAACACAGGUGGACAGAAGAUAACGAUGAAAUAUUAUCUACGCGGGUAUCGCACAAACAGAAACGUAGAUGACAUUGACAAAUCAUGCGUUUCGAUGACAAAACGUAGAGUUGGUUUCCACGAGACUAAUAUGUACAUAUUUGAAAGGUACCAUUCGUGCGAGUUGUGUGAAUAUUCUGAAAGUAUGCGGCUGGAUGUAUGUAACGAUAGUUGAACGAAAACCACGGGAAUAAGAUGAAAUUCAUAUGAUACAUAUUAUGCGCGCGCACACGAACACACACCUAUAAAAAUAUACGCACAUACCUUAUGCAAGGUGUUCCUCUUUGCUCUAAUACAUAAAAUAUUUUUCUAUCGGUUCAUAUGAUUAAAAUAACGAACGGAAAAGUUGUGCUGUUCGAUACUACAAGUACGUAGGGUAAAUAGUAUAUAACCAUUAGUAGUUGUUAAUCGUUGCGUCGUUAUAAGCGACAGACGGAAUGAAAAAUUGCUUGAGAAUGAAACAAUGCUAGUGAACGCGACGUUUUUUAUAUCGUUACAGGUACAUAUACUUACUUGGGUUCUUUGAACUGCGUAACUUUCCCUUUAGAACUAUGCGAAUCAGAGCAACAGUUAUAAAGAUAUUUAUUAAAGCAUUGUGAUCAAGUGAGAGGCACUUUGUGUGCGUAUGUGCACGCGAGCAUUCAUGUAUAUGUAUUUGUAUAUACAUAUGUAUAUGUAGAUAAUGAUACGUAUGUAUUUCUGAGUGAAUGCUGUUAUCCAAGUGUUGUAUGUAUGUAUGUGUGUAUUGUAUCAGUAAUCGAACAAAAAGGCACAGAAGAAAGAGGUUUCUUUUUUUUGUUGAAACGAACGUCUACGGUUUAUUCUUUUUAGCGUUAUCAGAGGUAAUUCAAAGAAUAGCAAAUCGCAAAUUCAAAUUUCACGAGAAAAAAAAAGAGGAAACUUUCAAUUGCGGAGUUCUUGAAAUCCGAAGGAUCAAGCAUUUCGUUACCAAUCUUUUACCUUUUUUGUUUCGUUUAGAUGAUGGAAAAAUGGAUGUUACCGCGAACAUUGUUGCAUAUAAUUGUUUGAAUGAUAAAUUGAAUCAAAAGUUAAGAGAUAAUUAUCUAUCACGUUGAAGUAUAAACAUGAUUAUUCCAAAACGUAAAAUUAUCAGUAUUUACCGUGUAUUAUGCCUGGAAAAUUAUAAAUACGAAGCGAUUGUAAAAAGAAAAAAAAAAUAGAAAGAAAUAAAAUGUUUGUAAAAAUGAUAAAA